AUGCCGCUGAAUGCGGUGUAUUUGCCAAGUCCCAGUCAGCAACUCAUGAUUUCGGAGCCACGGUAUUUGAAGCUCUUCGAUGACAUCCUCGUGAAUGGCAGUCGCAUGUUUGCAGUUUGCCAUUGCCGUGGAUCUCUUCUGGCACGCGUGGGGUUGGUUUUCAGAUUGACCGACCUGAAAGAUGUGGCACAGGAGACAAAUGGCCACACGAGAUAUGUGGCGGAACAUGAGGUCCGACAACGUGUUCGGAUCCUCUCGGUGUUGAAUCCGGAGGAUCAGGAGUCCAAAUCCGAGUACCUCCGAGCAACGGUUCAAUUCCUUGAGCCGGAAGAAGAUACAGUCCCUGAAGAGCUGCGAGUAAUCUUGCAAAGAAUCCGCGGGAAGUUGCAGGAUGCCUUAGCCAUCCAGGGAGAACAGGAACAAGGCGAUCCUGAAGAACUGGGCAACCAGGCCCGGCGCCUGCGCUUAGCCAGCGUCAUCAGGAACUCCGGCUUCUGGGACCUGUGCAGCAUAUUGGGCUCCAUCCAAUCCCUCCGUUUGCAACUGGAGAUCCGUCGCUUGCGGCAGCACGUGAGGCAACUCACAGAAGACUGGGCAGCAGAGCACCCAGAUGAGUUCGAAGCAUUGAAGGUGGAUCCCAAGGGGCUCCCAGCCAACAUCCGAUCACAGGGGGAGCGUGUGAGGGAGCUAAUGCUCGAAACUCGGAUGGCUCCCAGGAACUUCAAGAAACUUUUCAACAGAUCCUUCAGACUGCGCAGCUCAGAUGCUGCGCUCCUGUUAGAGGCUGCGGUCGACCAGGAACUGCAGCGCGUGCGUACAGUGCGGUCACUGAACAGUUUGCUGCGGCCGACCAAACCGCAGGCGGUAGUGGAAGACGCACAGGAAACCAUGGCCGUGGGCAGUAGUGAACCUGUCAAAGCGGCCAAAUCAGCUCCUCCUGAGAAGUGUCGCUUGUCCAAGCCUAGGGCCGUAGCUCUUCAGAAUGAGCUGUUGGCCGCCUACACAUCCGCGCGCUUUCAGAAGAAGCUCCAAGCAAUUGCAAGGCAGCAAGGUGGUGGAAAGAUGGGCAGUCUUCACCGACCAGCUUUCCAAGCUGCCUUAAAGAACUUACUACGAAAGCCUCAGAUGGACAUAAUCUCCAGGUAUGGAUUUCAAGCCUCGGAACAAGGGAUCGAAGAGAUGGAAAUGGAGCUGGAGUUCCUGGAAGAAGAUGGAGAUGUUUAUGUCAAUAAAGUGGCCAUCGAAGAAGCGCUCUUCGGCCCCUUCGAGGACUUGGUGUUGGAGGAAGAGCCAAACAGUGGCAAACCCUCAACGAAGCAGGGUGUCUAUUUGUUGCUGCGCAGCUUGUUUCUCGGUUUCAGUGAGGCUUGGUUCCAGGAAGCCAUUUUGAAGUUGCAGCACAAGAAAGAUGCCCGAGAGCGUGGCGACCGUGGCGACCGUGGCGACCGUGGCGACCGUGGCGGCGACCGCGGCGACCGUGACCGUCACCGGCCAGAUCCGGAUGGGUAUUUUCAUUUACCUGGACGCGCCGAGCUUGCACUCGAAGUGCAACAGAAAAUUCUGCCACGAUUUGGCUUCGACGCUACAAAGGAAGGCGUUGGAGACAUGAUCCGUCAUUGUUCCGCAUUUCUCACAGAUCACGAUAUUGCGCACCUCUUCGAUGCUAUCAACAGGAAGCUGGGCAUGUCGCCAGCCGCCUGCAGUCGCUUCCGGCGUUUCUGCAGCAGCUUCCAAGAGCCGAUAGUAACAGGAUCGCAAAACUCACCAGCAGCAGGUUCUUGUAAUCUGGUUCGGAUUAGUCAUGUCUGACUGCGCGCACUCCGCACUCCCCCAACGCAGCGCAUGGGUCGGGGCGCGUGAGCAGCUGCAGACUAGCCAUUGAACACGGCAGGAGGAAACUCAGCUGCUUGGAACAGUUGCGACUC